GUUCCGAAGCAUCUGGAACUCGAGUCCGAACGCCUGGCCUCAGCAAAAUUCUUUGGACAUACCCCAAACUUCAUAAGGAUUUGAAUAAUUCAUUUUUGGCUGACUUUCUUCACUCCAUUGACAGCAAAGAGGACAAAAAACAACUUACACGAAGCGGAAUACGCUGUAUGGUACGUGGGUUGUAAGGUACUGUUACGAGUGUUGUUCAGAGCCUGUUCGCCACGGUUCUGCCCGUCUGCGGCUUAUAUUAUGGCGCUCAGAGCGAAAGCGUUGUAUGAUUUCAAUGCCGAAAACCCAGGGGAGAUAUCAGUACGAGAAAAUGAACUUUUAACUUUAUACAGCGAAGAAGUAAUCGAAGGAUGGUUAGAGGGAACGAAUGGCAGGGGGGAGACCGGACUUUUCCCAGCCUCAUACGUGGAAAUUCUGAAUAGUCAUCUCGACGCAAAUAUUUCGCAGAACAACAACGGCACAUCUGGAGAUGGGUAUUAUGGAAACCAUUCCACAAGUAGCCACGAAAGUCACCCCGUGGAAGUCCCGAAAACUUCCACCCCCACUCAUUCUGCUUACCCUGCACAAGUACAUCAGAGGCACAGUUAUCAAACAAGUCAAGGAAGCGACGACGAUUGGGAUGAUGACUGGGAUGACAGCUCAACAGUGGCAGAUGAACCAUCCAGUAGCCAGAAUAAAGAUGGACAGUCUGGGUACUCAAUAAAUACCUCUCCGCGGUCGCAUCAGCAAAAAGGCUCUGCAACGGUGGGAAGAAAUCUCAACAGAUUUUCAACUUUUGUGAAAUCUGGUGGAGAGGCAUUCCUAUUGGGUGAAGCAGCUGGAUUUGUCAAAGAUGGUGACAAGAUCUUUGUUGUCAUGGGAGAUUGUGGCCCAGAGUGGCAAGAGAACCCUUACCCCUUUGGAUGCUCCAUCGAUGACCCCACAAAGCAGACCAAAUUUAAAGGAAUGAAAAGUUAUAUGUCUUACAAGCUCACUCCAAACCACACUCAAAGCCAGGUACAGAGGAGGUAUAAACACUUUGACUGGCUGUAUGCACGACUGGUCGAAAAGUUUCCUGUCAUCUCAGUCCCUCAUCUGCCCGAGAAGCAAGCCACAGGCCGGUUUGAGGAGGACUUCAUUUCAAAGCGGCGGAAAGGCCUCAUAUGGUGGAUGAAUCACAUGACGAGUCACCCAGUCUUGUCCCGGUGUGAUGUCUUCCAGCAUUUCCUCACCUGCAGCAGCACGGACGAAAAGGCCUGGAAGCAAGGCAAAAGAAAGGCAGAGAAAGACGACAUGGUUGGUGCCAACUUCUUCCUCACCAUCAGUCCGCCCGCAGCGCCCCUUGAUCUGCAGGAGGUGGAGAGCAAGGUGGAGGUGUUCAAGUCGUUCACCAAAAAGAUGGAUGAAAACCUCAUCCAGGUCAACGUCACCAUCAACGAAUUUGCUAGGAAACAGAUCACUGGGUUCAAAAAGGAGUACCAAAGAGUUGGCCAGUCUUUCCGACUGCUCGGUCAAGCAUUUGAACUGGACCAGCAGCCUUAUUCUGUGCCUCUGAAUCAAGCCAUUGCAUUCACAGGCGAGGCUUAUGAGACCAUUGGAGACUAUUUUGCAGACCAGCCUCGUCAGGAUAUUGACCCUAUCUCAGACCUUUUAGCCAUUUAUCAAGGACACCUCACCAACUUCCCUGACAUCAUCCAUGUCCAGAAAGGAGCACUUACCAAGGUGAAGGAGUGCCAGCACGGCACGGCGGACGGCGGCGUGAGCGAACGCUGCAACAUCAUCUCCUGUGCCACGCUGGCCGAGAUCCAGCACUUCCACCGCACGCGCGUGCGCGACUUCAAGGGCCAAAUGCAGCACUACCUGCAGCAGCAGAUCGGCUUCUUCCAGAGGAUCACCGGCAAGCUCGAGGAGGCCCUCCACAUGUAUGACCAGGCCUAGC